AUGGGAAAAUCCAAUAGUAAACUUAAUGCUGAUGAACUCAAUGAGCUUCGGAAAUGCACUUAUUUUAAAACAAAUGAACUUCAAGAAUGGUACAAAGGAUUUCUCAAGGAUUGUCCCAAGGGUGAACUUAGCAAAGGUGAAUUUCAAAAAAUCUAUAAACAAUUCUUUCCACAUGGUGAUCCUUCAAAAUUUGCAGAUUAUGUUUUUGAUGUAUUUGAUCAAAAUAAAAAUGGAAAGGUUGAUUUCAAAGAAUUUAUAUGUGCACUAUCAGUGACUUCAAGAGGAGCAUUGGAUGAAAAAUUAUCAU